AGGAACGUCACUUUCCUUUUCCGCCGCCGGACACACACGAGUGGUCUUCUUUUCUAUUUUUAUGUGAAACGAAGUAAAUAUAUUGGAUUAUCUGGCAACACGUAGCGGCCAACAACAUGAAACCCAUCUUGCUUCAGGGCCACGAGAGGUCCAUCACUCAGAUAAAGUACAACAGAGAAGGAGACCUGCUGUUCUCUGUAGCAAAAGACACAAUCGCCAACGUGUGGUACUCUGUGAACGGAGAGAGGCUCGGCACCUACAAUGGACACACAGGAGCUGUGUGGUGCGUCGACUGCGACUGGGACACCAAGAACGUCUUAACAGGAUCGGCAGACAACAGCUGUCGACUGUGGGACUGUGAGACCGGUAAACAGCUGGCUCUGCUCAACACCAACUCAGCUGUCAGGACGUGUGGCUUCGACUUCAGCGGCAACAUCAUCAUGUUCUCCACAGACAAGCAGAUGGGUUACCAGUGCUUCCUGAACUACUUCGACCUGAGGGAUCCACAGCAGAUAGAGGACAACCAGCCCUACCUGUCCAUACCCUGCAGUGACCACAAGAUAACCAGUGCUGUGUGGGGACCCCUGGGAGAGUUUGUCAUCGCCGGGCACGAGAACGGAGAGAUCAACCAGUUCAGCGCAAAGUCUGGAGAAAUUCUGAAGAAGGCCAAGGAGCACACCAAGCAGAUCAAUGACAUCCAGACAUCAGUAGAUCUCACCAUGUUCAUCAGCGCCUCCAAGGAUAACACCGCCAAAUUAUUAGACUCCACCUCUUUGGAACACAUCAAGACAUUUAGGACUGAGAGACCCGUCAACUCAGCUGCCAUCUCUCCCAUCAUGGAUCAUGUGGUGAUGGGAGGCGGACAGGAAGCCAUGGAGGUCACUACAACAUCAACCAGGAUUGGCAAGUUUGAGGCCAGGUUCUUCCAUGCUGCCUAUGAGGAGGAGUUUGGCAGGGUCAAAGGUCACUUUGGCCCCAUCAACUGUGUGGCUUUCCAUCCAGAUGGCAAGAGCUACAGCAGUGGAGGAGAAGACGGAUACGUCAGAAUUCAUUACUUCGACCCGCAUUACUUUGACUUUGAGUUGGAGGCAUAAACAUCAGUCGACUCCUGUAACAGUUGUUUGCUCUGUGAACUUCAGGUUUUAAAAUAAAGUGGUCAUGAAAGUAA